CAAAAACCGCCAAAGUGCAAGAUAUGUAAUGUAGAGUUUAAAACCAUUAUAAAUUACUUAUGCAGAUUGCAUAUGACCCAGAAGCAUGGUGAUAAACAGCACACAUGCAGUGAGUGUGAAAAAAGUUUCACAUACUUUCAACAAUUGCGAGUGCACAUGGCACACCAUGCCAGGAAGUCCAUAUUUGCAUGUCAAGAUUGCGACAUGGAGUUUAACAGGAAUUCAGAUCUUCGUGCUCACCAACAACAGGAGCACUUGGAAAGUUACGAAAAGGCACCUGAGAACUGUCCUGAAUGUGAAUUCAGAUGCUUCUCUAGGUUUCUUUCACUCUCAAAUUUUUUUUUAUCCAUCAUUUUUUAA